GUGCAGCGACUGGUCAAUGCAGAUGUUGGCGGUGUAGGUGCAACAAAGUCGCAGCAGCAUUCAUUCGAACAACCGGAGAGGGAGAGUAAUGAAAACGAUGAAAAGCCAAUGAACACAGAAUGUGGUGGCGUCAAGACCAAAGAAUAUAACUAUUCGGCUGGUAAUGUCACUUUAAAGCCCAGCGGUGUGCGCGAUAAGGACUCAUCAUCCACUUUGCUAGAUUUGGAGUUGUCACAACAGGUGAACGUAUUACUCCAACGUCCGGCCAUGGCAUUUAUUACACAAAAACAUGAUUUGGAGAAACUACGCUAUGCCAUGAAACGCAGUCUACGCAUUGCCGCCUGCCGCAUUUAUUCGCUACAAGCACUCAAUUGGCUGCUGCGUUCGGUGACACAGAGCAUCUGUCUGCACGAUCUGAUGUGGUGGUUUGUUAGUUCGCUGACUAUUUCGGCAAUUGAGAUGAUCGAUGGCAAGUACGAAGAUGCUGAACCAGCACUGGAGCACCCGGUCACCUACACGCAGAUCAGUGGUCGUUUCUCGCAUUUAAUUACGCAAAGUUUGCACGUUUUCCUACAAUCCGUUGCCGAUCUCACACUCUAUUUGCCACUUGGCUCACCAUUGCAACGCAUCGCCAUACAAUGCUUCGGCAUACGCUUUCGCCAAACGGAUCAUCAAUUUCUACACAAUUCGCAUGUAUUCGGUAAUAUUUCGAAGAUACUUUCGAAAUCCGAUGAGCAAGAUGAUGUUAUGGCUGUAUCGAGCAUGGGCAUGGCUGCUGCGGUAGCAGUGGAGGGUGGUGGCAACUCAAUGGGUAUGCAUGAUGUGGAACAUAAUUUGCAGAGUGUUGGAGGCGUUGGUGGUGCGGUUGUGGGUGUUGCAGGUGGCCCGCCAGCAGGUGCUAAAAUUAUAUGCUACUCCGAUUUGAAUGGCAUGUUUGAGGUGACGGUGUCAUCGCGUCAGGCCAUGGCCGAAUCGUUGACCGAUAAUUCGACCGAAACUUUUUGGGAAAGUGAUGAGGAGGAUCGCAACAAAUGCAAGAUCAUUGAAAUAUCGAUGAAUAAGUUGUCAUAUUCGUGCAAAGUGGUUUUGGUGCACAUCGACAAUAGCCGGGAUAUACAGAACAAGGUGUUGAAUGUUGUAUUUUAUGCUGGCCAAUCGCUGGGUGAUACAAAUCUAAUCAAAUCCGUGGACGUUGAUCCAAAAGCGUGCGCUUGGAUAUCCGCCAAAAUCACAAACGAGUCGUACACACACUUUCGCUUGGAGUUUCAUGGACCAGAGAAUACAUUGCGUGUUCGUCAAAUCAAAUUACUUGGGCUACCGAGCGUCAUGAGCGGAUUGGACGAGCAAUUGAACGAGCAAUAUGGUGGACUACAAGCAACGGUCGGUGCGGGUGGGAAUAGCGGCGCAACAGUAGGUCAAUUGCACACACUCAAAUCCAAUUUGAAGCUAACAAAUGCAGUGCGCAUACAACAACAAAUCUGUGAGGCUGAGACAUUGCGCGUCUUCCGGCUAAUAACGGGUCAAGUCUUUGGUAAAUUGAUCAGCACCGCAACCACCGAGGCAGGCCACCACUCUAUACUCGGCAUGGAUUCUAGCGGCAAUUCAAUGCUUGCCGACUCGCUGGACCUACGCGAACACAUGGUGGGUAUACUAUUUUCGCGUAGUAAGCUCUCGCAUCUGCAGAAACAGGUUAUUGUGCAUAUUGUGCACGCGAUCAAGAAGGAAGCGCAUCGCGCCAAAGAAGAUUGGGAAAUUGUAAAUUUGGCGAAUUGUUUCAAGGAUGCGCACGCCACCACAACAUCUGCCACCUCGACGGGUGAACCGAAGAGUGAGUCUAGUUCGGAGCGCUAUCGUGCGCCCGACACUUACUGUUUCGAGAUGCUAAGCAUGGUGCUGGCGCUAUCCGGCAGCGUUGUGGGCCGUUCCUAUCUGUCACAUCAGUAUGGGCUACUCAAGGAUUUGUUGACGCUGCUACAUACAGGCAGUGAUCGCGUACAGCGUCAGGUAGCGGCACUACUGCGACGCAUACUGCCCGAAAUUUCACCGGAGAGCUUUGCCGAGUUGAUGGGCGUACAGCGCUUGCCGCCGGCAGAUUAUAAUAUUGCACACCAGAAUGCUGCUGAUUUCGAUAUGAAUCGCUUGGGUUUGCUGGAUAUAUUUUUGGCAGUCAUCGCCAAGGCGCUGCAGUUGCAAGUUAAGGUGAAGUGUACUUCAAGCAAACCGAGUCUCGAGAAAACACCUUCAUUUGUACGUCUCUGCAAUGCACUUGAUUUGUCGGUACAUCUACUGAAGCAAACGCAGAAGACAAAGGUAAAUGCUGAUGGCGAGCUGGGCGGCGGAGAUGGGGAUGCCGGCGAAUUUGCAGGCAAAACACAUCCAUUUCGAUUCGAUCAACAAGUGGAAGCGAGCGAAUACGAGCUGGGGCGUUCAACAUUGAAGGCGAAUAGAGAAGAAACGAAGAAAAAUCUUAAUCAGCGUUGGUUCUUGAAUGGUGUCAUCUCAACCAAGCAGGCGGAAAGCAUCAUCAGUCUGGUGCGCGAUUUGGCCAGUGGCAAAUUAAGCGAUAAAUGGUCUCAGAUCACCAAGGCAGCCAUAGCUGAGUCGGUAUUAAAUUUGACUCGUUUGGAUGAGAUUUUCCGCAAUCCUGAACAUUGUGUGAAGACCGCCACACUGUGGCUAGCGCUGGCCAGUCUUUGUGUGCUCGAUCGCGAUCAUGUAGAGAAACUAUCGUCCGGUCAGUGGUCCAAGGUUUCCGAUACGCGUCCAAUGUGCACCAAUCACGACGAUGGUGAAACUGCUGCCAUAAUUCAGUGCGAAACUUGUGGUUCACUGUGUGGCGAUUGCGAUCGAUUUUUGCAUUUGAAUCGAAAAACAAGAAUGCAUAAGCGAACGGUUUGCAAGGAGGAAGAAGAAGCUAUACGCGUAGAGCUGCACGAAUCCUGUGGCCGCACCAAACUUUUCUGGCUGCUCGCUUUGGCCGAUUCGAAAACACUAAAAGCAAUGGUCGAAUUCCGCGAUGGCAGUCACACCAUAAUAUCCGGACCCCAGGAGGCAGUUGGUCGUUGUCGUUUCUGUGGCAUUACCGGCAAUUCAGGUCUGCUGGAAAUUGGAAACGUUUGCGCUGAUGCACAGUGUCAAGAGCAUGCGGCCAAUUCGUGCAUGAAAGUAAAAUCGUGCGACCAUCCAUGCGGCGGUGUGGCCAAUGAGAAGAAAUGCUUGCCCUGCCUGCAGCAUGUGUGCCAUGCACGUGAAAAUAAAAUCGCCGAGGAGCUGCAUGAGCCCAAGUUGACGCAGGAUGCGGACGAUAUGUGCAUGAUAUGUUUUGUGGAGGCACUCUCAUGCGCGCCAUCCAUACAGUUGGAGUGUGGCCACGUAUUCCACCAUCAUUGCUGCAAAGCUGUCAUAGAGCGGCGCUGGGCUGGACCACGCAUUACGUUUGGCUUCUCUUUGUGCCCCAUUUGCAAGGCGGAUAUACAACACAGCUUGCUCGGUGAUAUUUUGGAGCCCAUUAAUUCGCUUAAGCAGGAUGUUAAGCGCAAGGCUUUAAUGCGACUCAAAUAUGAGGGCAUCGUCAAAGAUACCGACUCGAAGGAUGUCACCAACUUGGCCAUGGAUCGCUAUGCCUACUAUGUGUGCUUCAAGUGUCAGAAGGCCUACUAUGGCGGUGAGGCGCGUUGCGAUGCUGAAAUUGGCGAAAUAUUCGAUCCACAAGAACUCGUUUGCGGCGGUUGUUCGGAUGUGGCUCGUGCACAAAUGUGUCCCAAACAUGGCACAGAUUUUCUAGAAUAUAAAUGUCGCUAUUGCUGCUCGGUCGCGGUAUUUUUCUGCUUUGGCACUACACACUUUUGCGACACUUGCCACGACGAUUUUCAGCGCCUCACAAAUAUACCGAAAAACAAGCUGCCCCAAUGUCCGGCUGGCCCGAAGGCUAAACAACUGAUGGGCGAUGAGUGUCCAUUGCAUGUCAUACAUCCACCAACGGGUGAGGAAUUCGCGCUGGGGUGUGGCGUGUGUCGCAAUGCGCAAACAUUUUAGCAUGAUGCUGUUGCCUUGGCUGUGGAACAGCGGCAGUUGUGCGUGGAUGCGGCAGCGGCUGCGGCUGCGGCUGCUGCUGCUGCUGAUGUUUUAAUGCCGCUCGAGGAGUGGAUUGAAGUUGAAAUGCUGGAUUUGGAUAACGAGCGCAGUUUUGAGGUAGUGCUGCAUGCUGAUGAGCGUA